CGAGGAACUGCGGAGUCUUUCGUCGUCCAUCGUCUCCUUCACUUCUCACGCGCUUAAAUCCUUCCUCUGCGGCCUUGAUCCUUCAUCUCUCUCUCUCUCUCUCACUCUCUCUGGUUUCGGGGUUUUCUUGGUUCUAUUUUGAUUUACAGAAUCAGUUGCUUCCUCGAUCACUUUUUUGAGUCUGAUUGAUCUCCGCCAUGGCUAGGCCUCCUUGAUUUUUUUCGAGUCGUACCUUCUUGAGGUUCCGUUUCUGAAGGUUCGACGGUCUACGUUUGUUCCUUUUUCUUCCUUCGCGAUACGAUUCGUGUGUCUUUAUUGGUCUUUUUAGGUGCUGGAUUAUGGUAAGAAAUCAUCAAGCUCCUGCGCUUUGGUUUGAAGGUGGAGGUCUAUCGCCGAUCGCUUAGCUUGUAGCUUUCUGGUCUUUACCUUGUUCACUAGUGAAGAAAGUUUUGGUUUGAGGUUGUGAUCUUUACUAUUCUAGUUAUGGAGAGCGAUCGGAUUCGUUAAGUUGGAAAUGGUUUGAGUUUUUGGUCCUUCUGUUUUCUUUGUGCUUCCGGGUUUUUGAUCUUUUGCUCUCCGAGAGGUCCGGCAGGUUAAGCAGGAAAUCUGAUUUUCUUCGUCAGCUCUUCUCCUUUUUGGGUCUCUGUCCUUGAAAUCCCUGUUUAGCUCGGAGCCCAUCUGGAAUUUGUUCGACUUUUUUAUUAGCCUUGUAGUUUUUCAAGCAUUGAUACCUCAUUUCCUAGUGUUCCUCUGUCUCUCUGUUUUUCUUUGAUCGAAGUUUUGUCCCGUUCCUGUGGCUUUGGUGACUACCAUCAUGCUCCAUCUCUACAACGAAGCUGAGGACGUACUAUUCGUUUAUUAAGAUUAACAGUUCUAUUUGGCCGUUAGAGUUCUCUUUCUCGUUGAUGUUCUGAUGGCUCCGCGUUCUCGUCGGUGCUUUGAUGGUUCCAUGGACCCUUUUAUUUGAUUUUUCCCGAGUGUUGGGAAUCGGUACUCCUAUCGUCUUUUUAGCUUUACGGAAUUUAGCCCCCAAAAUUCUGUAGUUUGGUUGCUGCCCUCACAGACCUAACAGGGAAGGUAUUAUAUGGGAAUGGAAGUAUCGUUUCAGUUGGCCAGUGGAACAAGAUUUCGAUCGUUUAUGCACAAGGAGAAAAUCGCAGAUGAGACCCGGACAAUGUUAGAGAGAAUCGUAGUCUUCUUCCGUCUUUUAUAUGAUUGCCAGGCAGAGUAUUUCCGUCAGCUCCUUAAACCUGUCACGUAACAUUCUAGUAGUGAUCAGUAGAUCUCUUGAAGAAAGCAUCAAGAAGCAGUUUAUGGACAAUAUUUGUCUUCUCAACGUCAAUUCUUGGUGCUACACACUAUUCUCCUUCAAUUUUGAGGUUUGCUCAGCAGUUCUGUUGUUAAAUUGAUCAGGAUCCAUCUUUUUACAUCGCAUCUCUGGUUUGCUCUUCAAGAGCAUGGUUUAGAGCAACUUGUGAUUGUGACAAAUUAGAUAUUGAGUCUUUAAGACAUAUGUUCAAUCUUAUAGUCUGAUUGUUUCUAUCUGGGACUUGUUGGUGUCUAACUGAAAGCACUUGGAGCGGCCGCAUGGAGCCUAUGUUGCCAUAGGAAGUCUAAAUCAUUCAAGUAACACGCAAGUUCCCUCUUAUGAAAGGAUUCAGCUGGUGUCAUCUCCAGCCUAAAAAAGUUUUAGAGCAUUUGCAGGACUAGCUUCUUGAUUCCUAGUGGCAGAUUUGCCUCCUAGGGAACUUCAACACACUUUGUUCGGGAUACAAAUCUAGGAUUUUUAACGAUACAAUAUUGGGUUUCAGAAGAUGAAGCUCCAUUUUGGUUUACAUGGAUAUCCUGCUGAAGAUUGGCAGAAGAGAUUUGUCAUAUUCGAUCAGUCGGGAAGUACUUGCAGGGUUGUCUCUCAUCCUAUUAUGCCUAGUGAUGCCAUGAGCCAUCGUCAUGAGAUAACUGUUUUGGCUUCUCAUAGUUGUGAUAUGGAGGAAAACCCAGCAAUCAUGUCACAGGCUUUUGCAUCAGCAUCUUUCCCAAAACUUCUGGAUGUCAAUUCAAAUGGAAAGGAAGUAAAUCUGCACAACUUUAAUAGCAGGGAGAGUGCACCUAGUCGAUCGUUUGAAAAAUGUAAUUGGAAGCUACUGGAAGACGAGCCUGAAGAUGAAUCAGGCAGUCAACUUUCCUGCGCUAGCCACCCUUGGAGGGAGAGGUCUGAAGAUAUAGAUGUUUUAUUGAGUUCUGAUGAAGAGUUGAGCACUGGGCGAUCUCCCAACAUGGAUGAGAAGAUGAAUAUAACGCGAACAUCUGGUCUUGCCACCGGUAAAUUAAUAAAUAAGUUGGACAUAUCAGGCGACGAGGAUCAGGAAGUUAACUCAGCGCCAUCGACCUGCAAUCCUCAUAACCAACACUUCGGGAAAUCAAUCAAGUCCUCGAAAGCUCAGCGUAAGCGCAAAAUAAUUGGUCUUUAUCAUAAAAAACAGAAAUCAUCUCAGGGGCGCACAUCAUCUUUCAAAAGCAGGUUAACAAGAGAAGACAUCCGUCGAAAUCUUGAUUUGUUGAAAGAGGGGCAGGGUUUGAACACUCAGCUGGUCCUGGAACAGGCUAUAAAUACUGCAAAAUGACUUUAACCAAAGGUGGAAGCGGCAGGUUUAUAAUUCCUUCAUGGAUGAAGUCCCACCAACUGAAAGUCUAGGAGAAGCUACACUUAUGACAAAGAGCGUACGUCAGCCUGCCUUCUGAACCAGGAUUUCUCAAAUUAUUCCAAGAAUACCGUAGUCGUCUCUCGUGGCCGAUAAAAAGGAACAAUAACAAGUUCUCUUAUGUAGGAAAUCGUACUUGUGUUUCUCUUUGAUUAGUAGUGUUCAGGUUUGGUCUGUCUGCAUGGCUUUAUGCGCCAGAGGUCCUGGUCGAUCGUUGUUGGAAAAUGACACUGUAUUUCGUUACUGUUCAUUUUGUUUAGGUUUGCUCAUGUUGCUAAAAUUGCAUAGGUCGUUGGGUAAGCUGGGCCCUUUACCCACAUCCGGGUUUUCUUUGUUUUGUUCUUUGGGAGACAGGAAGACACCUAUGCAGAUUAACGCAAAAGAACCUCUUAUCAAAUUCUUGAAUUCUUCAGCUUCAA